AUGGGGUACUUCUCAUCCAGUGUGGUUUUGCUUGUGGCCAUUUCCAAUGCGUUUGAAUUUGGACCCGUUACUGGGAGAGACCUUGCCAUCCGAGAUAACCGCAUUGGGGACCAGAAAGAACCUGCCGUACGCGAUCGGUCUUUCCAGUUCGUGCCUUCCGUGGGGAUACAGAACAGUAAGUUGCUUAAUAAAACUUGCUGUCUGAAUGGAGGGACUUGCAUCCUGGGGUCCUUCUGUGCCUGCCCUCCUUCCUUCUAUGGACGCAACUGUGAACAUGAUGUUCGCAAAGAGCACUGUGGGUCUAUCCUCCAUGGCACCUGGCUGCCCAAGAAGUGUUCCCUGUGCAGAUGCUGGUACGGCCAGCUCCACUGUCUUCCUCAGACCUUUCUACCUGGCUGUGAUGGUCACGUGAUGGACCAGGACCUCAAAGCAUCCAGGACUCCGUGUCAAACGCCGUCUGUGACGACCACUUUUAUGCUAGCUGGCGCCUGCCUUUUUCUAGAUAUGAAAGUAUAG